CGCGGCGCCGGCCGCCCCCGCCCCGCCCGGGGAAUGACUAAUGCCGCAUGUUGUCCGGGUAGCGUGCCCGCAGCAGCGCCAGCCCCGCGCUGCCCCGCCGCCGCCCGCAGCGCCUCCGCGAGCGGCGGGACCGCUGCCCCCGGGCGGGCCGCGGCCGCCUCCCAGAUAACGGCAAUUCUUGUGUGAUUGGUGAAAAUAAGCCUGCAUUCCAGGGAUGCAAGAGGAGCAACAGCCUGAGGCUGCUGCAGACCCAAUGUCCUUCUCGGAAGCACCAGAAGAUGGCCCAAAGGAAACAUCAAGUGUAUCGCAGAAUAUCUCUGAUGCAGAUGCAUUUAAAAUUCUUCUGGAGAUGAAGAUGAAGAAGAGGCAGAAAAUACCCACUUUACCAAGCACUGUGACUGAGCUUGACACAGAGGAUGGUUCUAAAGUCUAUGUGGUUGGAACAGCCCACUUCAGUGACAGCAGCAAAAAGGAUGUAGUGAAGACAAUACAAGAAGUGCAGCCUGAUGUAGUUGUGGUGGAACUAUGCCAGUACAGAGUUUCUAUGUUAAAGAUGGAUGAAAAGACAUUACUAAAAGAAGCCAAAGAAAUAAAUCUGGAAAAACUUCAACAAGCUAUAAAGCAGAAUGGAGUCAUGUCUGGAUUGAUGCAAAUGCUUCUUCUGAAAGUGUCUGCUCACAUCACAGAACAGCUGGGAAUGGCCCCAGGCGGAGAAUUCAGGGAGGCUUUCAAAGAGGCCAGUAAAGUUCCUUUCUGUAAAUUUCACCUUGGAGACAGACCCAUCCCUGUUACUUUUAAGAGAGCAAUUGCUGCACUUUCUUUCUGGCAAAAAGUCAAGCUUGCUUGGGGCCUUUGCUUCUUAUCUGACCCAAUCAGUAAGGAUGAUGUGGAGAAAUGCAAACAAAAAGAUUUACUGGAGCAGAUGAUGGCAGAAAUGAUUGGAGAAUUUCCUGAUCUUCAUCGAACAAUUGUCUCGGAACGAGAUAUUUACUUGACCUACAUGUUGAAGCAAGCGGCAAAGCAGAUAGAACUACCUCGAGCUUCAGAAACUGAACCUAGACGAUACAUCCCAUCUGUUGUAGUUGGUGUUGUUGGGAUGGGUCAUGUACCUGGAAUUGAAAAGAACUGGAACUCUGACUUGAACAUCCAGGAAAUAAUGAGUGUGCCUCCUCCAUCAGCUGCAAGUAAGAUUUUCAGAUUUGUUGUAAAAGCAACAGUUUUUGGACUGAUGGGAUAUGGCUGCUACCGAAUAGGUCAAAGGACAGCUCAGUUUAUUCUCUCAAUGCCAGCAGCACAGAGCUAUCUUCAGAAGCUGACAGAAAUAAGAUCUCAGCAUUGAACAUCAAGUAGAGGCACUAUAUGAAGAAGGUGGCUGAAAAGGGUGUUAGAGGCAACAAAUAUAAAGUGGACUGAAAGAAGAGGAAAAUGAAGAUUCUAGUCAAAGAGAUGGUUGAUGCUGAACAAAGCUGAAUUGCUGUGUAAUAAAGUAUUGAUACUAAAAGCUACACCAGCUAUGAUGUAAUGAAUAAGUUUGAUCCUUGGUAAGUGUAUUGCAUGAAAGCACAUAAUUCUGGAUUGAGGUAAAUGAAAUAUAUACACAAAUAUAUAUUAUAUAUAUACAAACACAUGCUGUAUAUAUAAUAUAUUAAUGGUUGUAUAGUGCAGACAGUUUAAAGAGUGUGUGCUCAUGACUUUUUUCAGAGGAACAGAAAAACACAGAGUAGCUUAACUGGGUGCAUCUGCUCAGAAGUUCAGGGACACCUGUCUGAGUGAUUUUUAGAUUUUUUCCUUGGGUAUAGUAAUACCUAGUGGUCAUUUCUGGUGCCAGGCACUUUUACACAUAAUUUAGAAGGAAUCUUCUCUUUAAGUGUUUUAUACUUAAAACAUUUAAGCUUUUUUAAAAAACUUAAGAGCUUUCCAGAAACUUCAGAAUUGAGCAGUGUAUGUAUGACAGCCUGUACAAGUUUUUUACAAGCCUUACUGAAAAACAGAAGUGUUGCCUUUAGAUUGCAUCCCUUGUUACAGCCGCUAGUUGAGGUUUUUUCCUCCUGCAUAGAAAAGGUAUAGCAACAGCAUCAGAGUUCAAUGUGGUUAGUGUCAGAUGUUUACAGGACACUCUGUUCCUUUAGAUUAGGAUAUUUAAUCUGUAUUAGUUAGCCAAAUCCUGCUGGAAUCAGUAUUGUAAAUUUAAGAGACUAGAACUACUGUACAACUUACUUUUAUUUCUCAGACCUUUCAUUAUUGGAACAAGAAGUCUGGAACUGAUAGUACCUGCCCCAUGUUUUUGAGACAUGAAAAUAUUUUAUUUAUCAACAGAACUUCUCAGUGGAUAAAUAUUUUAAUCUAUUUAAUAGAAAAUCAAAGCUCAAUUUAGUUUUUCAAACUAGCUGUGGUGUUUUAUUUGGGUUGCUUGCUAUUUAUACAAAGAAUUAUGGGUACUUCAAACUGCUGUGAUUUUUAAAAUUUUCUAGGAUAACCAUCCUUUUUUUUUUUUUUUUUUUUUUUUUUUUUUUUUAAUCCUAGGCUAAUAUUUAAUAAGAUUUUUUUGGUACCCUUUAUACAGGCUUGUCCUUGAUUGUAAAGUGCCCUCUGCAAUCAGCUAGUCCCAGUCCAACAGUAUGAAUAAUUGUCAUAUCAAAAUUCUAAUGUGAUAUAUUUAAAUAAGAGUCCCAUUUGCUCCUCAGGCUCCUAUGCAAUUGCUAAUUGACUUAAGUUCAUAUCUGUAUUAAUCUCUUUGGGGAGGUGAUGGAAGGGAAAGGGUGUGUGAGACAGGAGAAAGAAAAGGUGUUGUGUGUGGGGUUUUUUUUUUUUCCCCUCCAAGUUUGUUCAAUAAAAUCAACAAACUACUUUGUUUAGAGAGUAAAUUUCCAAAGCCUUGUGUUGGAAAUAUUCCCACACAGUCUGUUUGCCAAAAGUAUGUGCAUGUACCUGUGCAGUGUUGUCUUUUUCAAGCUUUUUUACUGAAAUUAAGGGUCUAAUGCUCUUUACAGUGGCAUUGAAUUUGCUGGGAGCUGGUCUGUCCAUGCAACCUGAUGCUUUUCUGCCUUGCACCUUGUGAUUUUUAUGGGUCCCAGUGCAGCAAUCAUUUAAGUGCUUGUUUAUCUUUAAGCCUACUAUUAAAUCUAACCCAAUUCUGCAGAGCUCUUAAGAUGAUGCGUAGGUGCUUUUCUGGAUCAGGGCCUUACAGUUGUGCAGGGAAUAAACCUUAGCAAAUAAGAAUGGCAGCAAUUCCCACUUUGAUACAAAGUGUAAAUGAUAAUGCAGAGUACUGUGGAGUCAGGACCUUUGUCUUUCAUUUUUCCAUCAAUUAGUGCUUAAAGAAAAAACAGACGUCUCUAGCAGGAUCAAAAGCAGCAUUUGUAAACAAUUUAUAGGAAACUAGAUUGACUGCCUGAAUUUUGAUUCCUGGUUCUUUUCUUUUUGUAAAGGUUUAAUAUAUUGUUUGCUAUUAAGCAGUCCUAUUUGAAUAAAUGUAUUACAUUUUGUGUACAUUUUUUUUAAAGAUGAAAGCAAAAGCUUAAGCUCAUUCUUCUUCUGGCUUUACUGACAUACCAAAAGAUUUUUUUUUUUAUUUCUGAGAUCUUUCUAGCUGGUAGACUUCAAUAUAUUGAUGUUUUGCUUUAAGGUAUCUACAGAUUUUUAAGGUAUCUGCAGAUAUCUUAAAAGCUCUGCAGAUCUUUGAUAUCUGUACUCAGGUAAUUUUACACAAAAGAAAACAAAUCUAAGGUAAAUUUUAGAAAAAUGAGCCUUAAACUUGGGUGGGACUAAUGCUAAAUGAUUGUCAUGGAGCAUUCUUGCAGAUUAAUGUUUUAUGCUUUUUAGCCAGGAAUUAUCACCAUGUAAGUUGUCCUUUUGUUAUUCAGUCUUUAUCUACAAUUAAUCUUUUAAAAGUCUGUUUCAUCCUUUUUUACAAAGCAUAUCAGCAGAUUCUUCAAGGAGGCUGUGGAUGGAGAAUUUGCAAUCUAUCUUCCCACUAUUGCAAACUGGCAGAUCAUAUGCAUACACUGCUUACACAGUGGCACUUGAAAGCCUGAUGAAUUUGCAGAACUAAUAAUCCUAUUAAUCCAUACAUGAAUGCUCAAUGUUGUGUAUUCAGUGUGUUGUACUAUGUAUGUAACAUAAGCAGUGUUUUAGAUCCAUUCUUUUCUGUUCUAGUCAGUCCUUUCAGUGUUAAGAGCAUCCGGUAAAAUUUAAAUAUAUGUUGAAUUGUCCCAGCCCCGCCUCAACCUUAUGAAGCCAUAUUGUAUUUUUUUGGUGACAUGUACAUCUGCUUUAUGCAUUUGUACAUCUGAUGUAAAUUUGAAGUAUUUUUAACAAUGUGUGCCUUUAAUCUAAAGUGGUAUAAAGUAAACAGCAGUAUGUUCUAUGAUAUAAAAAAUAAAAUAUUUUAACCACCAUUUCUGUCAAAGGCAUUUAUUUUCUGUAUUAAUCAUUAUUUUUCUGAAAGCAGGCACUAGUACACAAGCAAUAUGCAAUACACAGUUUUGCUGAAUGAGAACUUCAGUUGGAAUAAAUACCUCCCUAUGAGAGGCAUCGGUCUUUAAUGCUGAAUUAAGGAAACAAGUUCUUCCACCCUAUAUAAUCAGUGAAUAGAAGGGGAUGCUUUUCCCUGCGUAUUGCCUUUUGGCAGGUGUUUUCAGCCCUCUUGAACACACAGGAGCAUAGGGAGACUUAACUUCUCAAUACAGGCACCUAAACUCAGAAUCUAGAAUUAGGCAUGGAGAGUGACUUUCUGGUGUGUGUGUUUUUUUUUUUUUUUUUUUUUCCCUUGGUUGUUUUUGUGUGUGUGUUCUUGCAGGGGUGUGCAGAGGUGUUUUUUGUUUUGUUUUUUAAGCUUCCUGCCCAUGCUCAGUCCUGCAAAAUGCCGGACUCCCAAGUCCCAGUCUAGCGAAGUGCUUGAACAGUACGUAACAGGCUCUGCUUGGAACCCUUUAAGUGGAAAAGGGGUUGAGUUAAUUAUUGCAGUUGAGACAGGUUAAUCAAUAUGAUCAUUAUUUAAAAAAAAAAUAAGACCAUGUGCAAUACUGUAUGCAAUACAGUUUGAAAAAUACUUGCUUUCAGAUAACAUACUGGCUGAGUAGUCUACUGAUUGUAUAUCUUGUCGAUGAAUUCAUACUCUGAUCGUACAUAGACAUGUGAAGGAAAGGGUUGUGGAGGCUGGCCUGUUGUCCUUGAGCAGGUGCGCUGAGCUGGGACUGGGGAGGAGGAGUGCUGAGUAAGCCAUUUAGAUGGUAGGAGAGAACAUGUUAAAAUUAUUGUAGUCGAAGCACUGCCUCAGUCAGGCAGCACUGAGUAUCAGGGCGGCAGCUUCCACUGCUAUUUCAUCUCCAGACUCUUGUUACACUGCCAAAACGAAUACAAUAGGAAGAAAAGAGGACUUUUGCUGUUAUAAUGACAAGUAAAUUUCCUAGAAAAUAUCAUCAUCUCAGUGGUUAGAGCUUCCUCUAAGAGUAAUAAACAAUGAUUGGGAUUUUGGUGCUCAGAUAUUUUGAGGAGACGCUUUCAAAGAAGCUUUGUCUUUUCACCUCCAUCCCUUUUACACUGCCUCCCUCCCUCUUCUCUCUUGACUGUGUUUUCUCUCCUGUGGGAAUGGAGGAUGUAAGCUUGUUUUCUGAAUGAAUUGCUUACCUGUGUAGUAUGCAUACAUAGUCAAGGUUGUGUUUAUGAUGCACUUCUUCCCCUUGCUGAGUACUGAACCAAACUAAGUAGUUGAUUUUGAGGUGAAUUAAAAUUGGCUGGGUUUGCACUGGAAGCUGUUCCUGUGUGUGCACAGUGUAAAACAUUCUCAAAAGCACUGACUGACAAAUACAUCAAGUUGUCUUAAAGUGCCAGGCAGUAGUGGGAACUGCACAUUUAAAAGAAACAAUGCACUGUCACUUGUGUAAUUCUGACAUACUCAUGUACUUAUUUUCCUGUUUCCUUCUAAAACUGAAAUAAACUUUAAUUUUAAACUUA